AUGGUGAAGCAACGUUGCCUUGAUCUGCUAUUGAAUAAAAUACCUUCCAAUUUCAUCGCAUACAUUGAUAAAUGUCACGUCUUCCAAAAUAAUGGUAAUUCGCUCUGGAAAUGUUUAAUAAAUGAGAAUUGUGAAAAAUAUACGUGUAUACUUGUUACUUCUGAAUUAUACAAUUAUAAAACUCUCGAGAAUUCUCAUCAAUCACUCAAAAUUUUACAUACCAGUAAUUAUGAAAAUUCCGAGAGUCUUGUAAAUAAGCUGUCAGAAUUAUCCUGUUUUGUUGAAAAGAGAGACCAUCAACAAAUAUUUGUCUUCAUAGAGUCAUUGUCUUGGUUUUUGAUCGAUUGUCCUAUCGAUUAUGAAUUUGAUUAUUGGUGUCAAUUUGUCAUCGGUUCUUUGUUUAAUCUUUCUUUAGCACCGAAUGUAAACCGAGUAAUUUGUAAAUUUAAUCCUAUAAUGGAUAAUUAUAACAAAGCAUAUUAUGGUGCAUCCUCCACGAUAAUUGAUACACUAGAAGCAUAUGCAACUUCUGUUAUUUACUGCCUAUCACUGACAGAAACUUCAAUUCGUCCCACGAAUCGAAUUUAUCAAUCUCUGAAAUUAUUUCAUCGUCGUAGUCUUCAGGGUGAGUGUAACAAAAGCAUAGAGAACUUAAUCUCUUUCAAUAAGUCUUCAUUUACUGAAUGUGGUACCAUCGAACUUGAUACACAAACUUUGAAAAUCCUCAAUUACUCGGUCAAUAAAAAUGAACCAGAUUCUCUACCGACACCUGAUUCUUUACCUAAAAGUACUUUCAAUCUCACUAUGACUGAAAGUGAAAAAAUUGCUCGUAGUCUCGUUGUUUUGCCUCACGAUGCAGUACGGCUAUCCAACACAAUGAAAAGCGAUGAAUCUUCUAGUUGUGUUAUUCAGUACCAACCUGAUUGUUUUGAUGAUUUAGAUGAUGAAGAUCCAGAUGAUGAUUUAGAUAUCUAA